AUGUGCCACACCCUCCAUGGCAACAGCCUAAAGUCGGAGAUGAGAGAAUCCUCGCCAAGGCUGAUUUUGGCAGUAGCCAUUCUGGCAGCAAAGUACGGCUGUGCUCUCACCCUUACGGCGACAGCCGAGCACUGGCUCUCGCCUAGGAUCAUGAACAACAUCGCCCAGUCUGGGGUCGUACACCCAGAGAAGAAGAGACUCCUCCUGGCGACGUAUUGGUUCAGGCACGAGAGGGCAUUCGAGCCGGGGUCUUUGCGGAUGAUCACCGAAAUAUCGGAGAGUUUCAGCUGUCUGGCGAAUGGAGAAUCGGUAAAGGAUAGAGCCGUCGCACUGAGGAUUGCUACUGAGCUCUUCUUUGCCCCUAUCUUCACUCCAUAUCCCCUACAUGGCAUUUAG